AUGCCCUACAACAAGGAAUAUGGGCCUAUACACAGAUAUAUUGAGGCCUUGGACAAGCUGGGAAGGGAUGUGAUGCAAACAGGAGAUCCAGACAAGUUCAAGCAAUAUCUGUCGAAAUACAAAAAUACUAUAUGCGGAUGCCAUCCAAUAAGUGUUUAUAUGCAAAUGCUGAAGAAUUGCUCGACAAAGAUAAAGAUAGAAUUUCUUCGGUAUGAACAGUUGAAUCAGUGCAAAAGUGCAAGGGAUAGCAGCGUGAGUUAUGCAUCAGCGGUAGCAAAGAUUGAUGGCUCCAGCUCUGUAUGA